UCGAUCGUAGACCCAGGGCCCCCAGACUCGACCUAUACUUGCAGCCAUGACUCGGUGUACGGGGGCGAUGGACGUUGCCAACAAGAGAGCUCAGAAGCAGUCACGGACAAUACUGCUUCUUCUGAGAGUGUGGCAACUUCUCCAACCGCGUCUCCUGCCGAGGACGUCUCGGGCGACAACACUCUUACGGAGCCCCCAGCAUCAACAUCAGCCCCCAUACCCAGCUCCAUGCCCGACGAGACGUACUCAACGAUCACGGACCCUUCUCUAGGCGCAAGUAUGGAUCCGUCGGACAUUGACGGCGAAGUCGACAACGCAGGAGGACUGUCCACGGGUGUCAAGAUCACCAUUGGCCUGACGACUGUAAUCGGUAUCGCCAUCAUCGUCGCCCUCGCCAUUUGCCUCCUGCGACGGAGAUCCCACAAGGGAGAUAUUCGAGGCAAGGACAAUCACCCAAACUCUCCCGCACUAGCAGGGUCUCCCACUCCGCUGGUGUCGCCAACAAUCUCCCACUCUGAGGCGGAUGGUGUCCAGCUAACGCCUCCUCCUCUGUUGCGCGAGCGUCGACUGCUCCCCACGCUCAUGAACCAGAGAUUGUCUCAAGGAUUCCCCAUGUCGCCUCUCUAUUCUCCCGCGACAAGCAAACUUACUCCGAGGCAUGAAAGAACCCCCAAGAUACGCCAUGGGGAUAGUGCAGCGAUAGUACCGAGAAUCGUGAUGACGGCUCCAGAUGGCGGAUGGAAGAGCAGGGAGGAUGGUCAAACCGCCUUCGGUCGUGUGUCUCCAGCAUCAGCUUCCAACGCCGGACCACAAGCCGAAUACAAGAAUGGUUCUCCAACAUAUCCUCCUCACUCCCAAAGGCGCACUUUUAACAUCUCCGAACUGGUCAGUCCUGGGCCACCCCCAACUCGCGCCCUUCCAUCCACGCCCCCGAACGGGUCCGGAAGCCCAAGAAGCACUGCAUCCGGGCCGAAUGACGCAAGUGUUACUUCUGGUUUAUCACUCCAGCAUCCUGCGCAGGUUCACGGGCUCACCCCAGACGCACAGGAAUUGUGCGACAUGACAGAAGACUAUGCCCGCGAGUCGCGCAACAGCUGGGGAAGCUGGGGUGGCGGAGGACCAGGUGUGUCUGUGUCGUCCCUAAACCAUGGUAGAACUACACCGAGUCAAGUAAUGCGAGAGGAGGACUUGGAGAGACUGGGAGGGCGUUAUUGAGCGGAGGAGUUAGCAAUGAGGAGGGUUGAAAGAUAGAAGGUCGUCGUAUAUUCUUCAGAGGAGCUUAGGGAUUUGUAUGUACUGGAGGUUUAAAAAAAGGUAUUACUGGAGGCUAGACAGCACACCCGGUGACGGUAGUGAGUCCAUGAUGGGAUGAGGCGGAUGGUAUGGCCGGGAUGAUGAAUG